CCCUGAUGAUGUUCCGGAUGAUGAACCUCGAAAACGUCCACCACGACGGGUUCAUCGUCGGGGAUCAGGUCCCCGUGGACGCGGCGGCCAUGUAUUAUGACCCGGCGACGAUGUUUCAGUCAGUGAUGGGCCAGGGGGGUAACGGGGGGUGCUUGGUGUUUGAUGAUGGUGGUUAUGGUGGGGUCAAGGGGGUUGAUGAGGAGGGGGUAGCAGGGUUGGGUAAUAAGAGAAAGAAGAGAGGAGGUCAUGAAGAGGGGAAGGGAGGGAUUAAGAAUGAGAAGCAGAGGAGAUUGAGGUUGAGCAAUAAGUACGAAGUCCUUAAAGCACUCAUCCCUAACCCUUCUAAGCCCGAUAGAGCGACAAUAAUCUCAGACACAAUCAACUACGUCCAAGAACUCCUACGAACAGUCAACGAGCUCAAGCUACUGGUGGACAAGAAACGCCGUUGUCGAAAAUCUGAAAUCCAGAAAGCUGAGGCUGGCGGAGAUGACGUGGAUAGCACGUGCAUGAAGCCCCUUCAAGAGUUCAAGGGAGCACUGAGGAGCUCAUGGUUGCAAAGGAAAUCAAGAGACACUCAUGUAGAUGUCCGCAUUGUCGAAGAUGAGGUGUUCAUCAAGCUCACUCAACACAAGAACAUUGACUGCCUGCUUGUUGUUGCCAGGGUUCUUGACGAGCUUGAGCUUGAGAUGCUUCAUUUAUCUGGAGGAAAUAUUGGAGAUCUCCAUGUCUUCAUGUUCAACACUAAGAUCCACGAGGGUUCUUCAGUGUAUGCAGGGGCAAUCGCAAAGAAGAUAAUGGAAGCAAUGGAUAUUAAGCAAGAUGAGGUGUCUGUUUGCUUCUAGGGUUUUGUGUUGGAAUUGUUGUUAGGUGAAAGGGACAGAGUUCAGUUGGUAGGAAUGUGCAGUGGAUAAUAUUGUGGCAGUUGAGAUCCUUUAGAGCACUAUUCCUUCAUGCAUGUGGGUUGCUUUCUGCUAUAUGAUCUUGCAGCAGACGGUAGUGCAAUUUCUUUCCUGAACAAUAACCCAUGUCUCUAUUUGUUUUCAUGAUUUUAUUUAGGUUAAAUAAGAUUUUACGAUAAGAUAUUAACUAGCAAGAACAAUGUUAUUAAUCUCAUGGUCAUUAAUUUAGAUUUGUUUUCCUCUUCUUAA